GCGGGCACCCGCCCGCUGGCUUGAACCACGCCGCGGCUGAGUGCUUAGGGGUGGGUGGUAACGGCCGGUGUUGCCGGGCGGGAGGAGGCGCGGGAGCGCAGCAGAGAAGGGUCGGCCUAGCUGGGUCCCGGGGCCCUGCGUCUUCUGGCCGCUACUGCGCACGCUGAGGGGCAGCAGCCGCCGGGCGGUGGGCACCCAAGGGCCGGGUGGCGACCCCGGUCCACGGCAGGCGGCGUGUCCGCAGCUGGCGACCUUUCAGGCCGCGCUGGGGCCAUGAUCGACUCGGUGAAGCUUCGUCGCGACAGCGCCGCCGACUUCUUCUCGCACUACGAGUACCUAUGCGCUUUGCAGGACUCGGUGCCAGUUCCCGCCGUGCGCGCCUCUCUGCGGGAGGGCGUACUGGACUUCAACGCAGACCGCCUCCGCUUGGCGGAUUGGGCGCCGCUUCUGAGCACCCUCAAGAAUAAUAAAGAUCUGCCUCUGGUCUGUAUCAAGAGCUUCUUCCAGCCAUGGCUUGGCGAGACAGGUUCUGACAGAAAUAAAUUUUGUAGAAGUCGUGUUCCUGCAAUAAGAAAUAAAGAUGUGACCUUUCAGUUGUGUAAAGCUCUUAAAUGCUGUUUAAGUGCAUCAAGUGCACUAAAGAACCUGGAGCUAAAUGGGCUUGUUCUGAGAGAGAGAGAUUUAACCAUGUUAACAAAGGGAUUGAAUAAAUCGGCUAGUUUGGUGCACCUGUCACUUGCAAAUUGUCCAGUUGGAGAUGGAGGUCUAGAAAUUAUUUGUCAAGGUAUAAAGAACUCUAUCACUCUUAAGACAGUAAACUUCACGGGGUGUAAUCUGACAUGGCAGGGAGCAGAUCACAUGGCCAAGAUCUUAAAGUAUCAGACCAUCAGAAGGCAUGAAGAAACUUGGGCUGAGAGUCUUCGUUACAGGAGACCUGAUCUUGACUGUAUGGCUGGUUUGAGGCGAAUCACCCUGAACUGCAACACGCUCAUUGGUGACCUUGGUGCAAGUGCUUUUGCAGAAUCUCUUAGUGAGGAUUUAUGGCUUAGAGCUCUUGACCUGCAGCAGUGUGGCCUCACCAAUGAAGGAGCAAAGGCUUUGUUAAAGGCCCUUGAAACAAAUAGAACUCUGGUUGUUCUGGAUAUAAGAAAAAAUCCUCUUGUUGAUCAUUCUAUGAUGAAAGCAGUGAUCAAAAAAGUUCUCCAGAAUGGGAGGAGCGCCAAGUCAGAGUACCAGUGGAUAACUUCUCCAUCAGUGAAGGAACCAUUCAAAGGCGCUAGACAGAAAAAGAGAACUAUAAUUUUGGGAAGUGGCCUAAAAGGAAAAGCUACUAUUAGAAUUGGAUUGGCUACAAAGAAACCUGUAAGUAAUGGAAGGAAAAACACUGUUGGUAAAGAAUGUUAUGCUCCUGAACCUCUGCCGCCUGGGGUGUCUGGUUUCCUGCCAUGGCGUACCGCAGAACGUGCAAAAAGGAACAGGGGUUUUCCAUUAAUCAAAGCUCGUGAUGUAUGUAAUCAGUUGCAGCAAUCAGAAUAUCCUGUGACUGUGACAGUGGAGAGUCCUUCCUCCUCAGAAAUGGAAGAGGUCGAUGAUUCCUCAGAAAGUGUUCAGGAAGAGCCAGAGAAAAUCAGUUUAAAACAGAAAGUACUGCAGGAAAAACUGGAGGAGUGCCUAAAGCAGUUAAAGGAGGAAAGGGUAAUAAGGCUUAAGGCUGAUAAACGAGUCAGUGAGCUGGAACAUGAAAAUGCCCAGUUAAGAAAUAUAAACUUCUCUUUGUCUGAAGCCCUUCAUGCGCAGUCAUUGACAAGCAUGAUCUUGGAUGAUGAAGGUGUUUUGGGCAGCAUUGAGAAUUCUUUUCAGAAGUUCCAUGCUUUCUUGGAUCUCCUUAAAGAUGCUGGGCUUGGGCAGCUGGCCGCAAUGGCUGGUAUAGAUCAGUCAGAUUUUCAUUUACUAGGUCGUCCCCAGAUGAAUUCUACUGUUAGUAGGCCACCUAAAGAAGAAAAGAAGGCACUUGAAGAAGAAAAAUCAGAAUCAAAGCAGAGUGCCCUAGGACAAAUGCAAAAUAUCCAAGUUUCUAUUUGUAUGCAGUCAGCUUACAAUGAAGGAACACUAAUGAAGUUUCAGAAAAUUACAGGCGAUGCUAGAAUUCCUUUGCCUCUUGACUCCUUCCAUGUCCCAGUCUCUACUCCAGAAGCUGUAGAAACUUCCAAAGACAACCUGGGAGCCCCAGUCAUGGAGCAGCAGCAGAAGUCUUUUGAAGAUUUCGUUGCUAGACCAUGUUCUCCUUCAGCAGAUGUAAUUUCUGAAAGUCGAAGAAAAGAGGAGGAAUUAUCUAGAAAUAGCAGGUCCUCUUCAGAGAAAAUGACCAAAACGGGUGAAUAUACCAAAAAACACUCUGCUAAGAGUCAGUCUGGAAAGGACCUGCAUUCCUGCUCAGACUCACCUGUAAAGCGGAAAAGCAAAGGAAUGGGGCAAAAUAGCUCUUUGGGUAAUGAACCAGUUGAAAGUGAGUCUUCAAAAAAACACACUUCUGUUAAGAAAGAGAGUAGAAUAGUGACUGUUACAUCAAAGACAACUAAAAGUAAACUCAAUCUACUAGAACAUUCUGAAAGUGAUACUCUUGGAUCUGAUUUUGAAUUUCAAGAAAGCAUCCAUACUCUAUCACGCCUGACAUAGGUCUAAAUCUUUUAAAAUUAUGUUUUUACCUUCAAAUUUUAAUAAAUUACAUAUGUUUUUAUUAUGGUAUAUGGUGUUUUAAAAUACACGAGUAGAAGCCAUUAGAGAAAGGCUUGUCUAUCCUUUUUCUUAUAGUGAAGUUUUGGUGUAUUUUUCCUUUUGACAGUUUGCACCAUUCAUUCAACAAGUGUUUACUAGAGCUUUCUAUGUGUAAUACUUCUCUGGGUGCUG